AUGCCUCUUCCCUUUGUUCUCGUCUGCGAUCUUCUGGAGCAGGCUCACAAACAGUGUAAAACCGGCGAUAAAAAUCUAAAGCAACGUGUAUCGAACUGGUUCACGCUGCACCGCCAACAUAUCGACGACCCGGGAACAGAUGCCUCUGCUCUGCUCUCUACUCUCCUCCCGGAUAAGCGCACCGAUCGUGUAUACUGCAUCCAGGCCGACACGCUGGCCAACAUCGUUGGUCGCACAUUUGGUCUCGGAACGUCACGUCUCCAAGAAUUGCGUCGAUACAAAGAGGCCGGUCGCGGCGAGGAUCUGGCUGACUGUGUUGAGAGAAUCUUCAAGGAAACGCCUCCCCCUAUCUGCAUCGGAAAAGAUGCUGUAACUGUUGAAGAAAUAGAUUCAACCCUCAACAACCUCGCUGCCUUGUGUAGGUUCAGCUCGCCCGUUGUUCGGGCCUCGCAGCCCUAUUCCAGCAGCAACAAUCGGCAAGAACUCCUCGGUCACUUAUACCUUCGCCUACAGGCGCGAGAGGCCAAAUGGCUCACCCGCCUGAUACUGAAGAACUUCCAGCCAGUCAUGCUGGAUCCUUGCCAUCUCUAUCAUUGUUACGACCCCCUACUACCCAUGAUACUCAGAGUUCAGGACAAUUUUGAUGCGGCCUUGUCUCUCCUCAGAAAGCUGGGGAAAGAGCCCUCAUUCCGUAAUGCCACGGGAAAUCAGAAGUGGAGAGAUCUAAUACAACACCUGACGCCCGUCUUGGGCACCAAGGUUGGAAGACCGUUCUGGCUGAAAGGGAGGAGCAUAAAACACUGCAUGAAGCUUAUCCAAGGCCGCAUGAGUUGUGAGAAGAAAAUAGACGGCGAAUACUGCCAGGUUCACAUAGAUUUGAGCAAGGGGUUCAAAUGCAUCCAAAUCUUCUCCAAAAGUGGCAAGGACAGCACCAAAGACCGCGCUGCGUUACACGGAGCUAUACGCGACUCUCUCAACAUUGGGAGAACGAGCUGCAAGCUCUCCAAGGGAUGUAUCCUUGAGGGCGAGCUCGUCGUCUACAGUGACUUGGAGAAGAAGAUUCUGCCGUUCCAUAAGAUACGAAAAUACGUUACGAGGUCAGGUAGCUAUCUCAACACGGAAGCGGAUUCGCAGCGCUACGACCAUGAACACUUGAUGAUUAUCUACUUCGACGUUUUACUCAUCGAUGGGGAAUCUCUGCUGGGUGCCAGCCAGAAUGAGAGGUUCGAGCGACUGACGAAGUUGAUCAACCGCCGAGAGGGUCAUGCCGACCUUGUGGAGCGCCAAGUCAUUGAUCUCAAUGAUAGACUGGGAGUGCAUUAUCUCCGACGAGCCUUUGCUGAGUCCAUCACUGCCCGGGAGGAGGGCCUGGUGCUGAAGCCAGACGACCCCUAUUUCGACUUCAGCGAGAGUCGCCGCUCCUUUGCUGGUUGCCCCGUCAAGCUGAAGAAAGAGUACAUCGGAGGUUUUGGUGAUGUGGGCGACUUUGCUGUGGUUGCAGCGCGGUACGAUGCAGACAAGGCAAAGUGCUACAGCAUUCCCAACCUCAAGUGGACACACUUCUACCUCGGUUGCCUCGAGAAUAAGGAGGAUGUAGAGAGGUGCCAGGCACGGCCUGUGUUCACAGUGGUUCACCAGGUGGAACUCAACGAGACCCUCCUCAAGACCGUCUCGAUUUACGGAAACCCGAUGCCAGUGUCUUUUGAUGACAAUGAUGCCUUGAUCCUUCAUCUCGCACCAGGCAUCGCUCAACAAAAGAUGCCCACCGUUGUCUUCACCGAACCGCUGGUCUUUGAUGUCCGCUGUUUCUCAUUUGAUAAGGAGGGAAACACCAACUUCUGGCAGCCGAGGUUCCCUCAGGUGUCCAAGGUACACUUUGACCGAUCCCUCAUGGACACAAUCUCUUUCUCUGAAUUGCAGGCCGUGGCUGAAGAAGCAACCACCACUCCGGCCAUGGAAGACAGUCAGGAAAUGCUGGACUGGAUUGCUAAACUGGAAAGAGCGGACCCUCGUGGUGUUCCCGUUGAUGCUAUCAGCCAGUCCACAACGGGCUCUCUCAUGACGCCAUCUCGCACUUCUUCCGUACGGCCUUCAACCUCGCCAGCGCCGAAUUUUUCCGUAAGCCCUGCCAAGCCUCUCCAGCGGUUACCGGCAUUGGUAGAAGCCCCAGAGCCAACUCUCAUCACUCCUCCAACCUCAUCAGCCAAGGCAGCAGAAAUGGACUUCAUCGCUGAAGACAAGACUGCCAGCGAAGCAGCAAAUUCGCCGAGGGCCAGCAAAAGAGGUCCAGAGAGGGAAGACGCUACUCCGCAGAAACGACCGAGGGUUUCUUCCGAAUCUGGCACCGCCGGUCGAGAGCUGCCUCCGCCAACCCGUCGACCGCUCGAGGAUAUCAGUGCCAAUCAGAUGUCUCUCUCUCCUCAGGCGUCCCAAACACGGCCAGCGACAGCAAAGCACAUCGUGGUGGACCAGACAGCGCCUAGUUCAGCCAUUGCUGCUUUACAUGAGCCGGGCAAAGCGAUGGAAGGAUCUGUCGCAGAAAUACCUCAGCCGCGUCGUCAGAGCGCGCCAGGACCUUCGUCUACACAAGCGAAGCCCAAGUGCCAACACGCAGGCGACAAUUGUCUCUUUGCAGAUACGACCGUCUUACUCGCGCCCUGCAUCGCCCAACAACCCUGGGUCACCGAAAAUCUUCUCCCUCUUCACGGUAUCCACGAAUGGACCGCGGAUCCGCAAGACUGGAUAGCAUCCUCCGUCAUGACCGCAUCAACAUCAUCAGCAGCAGCAGCAUCCCUGUCAUCGACACCCGCAUCUACCUCGGCCACAGACCGCCCCAGAAGAAAACGACCCCGAAAAAUCUGCUUCGUCGAACACAACCGCAGGGAAGCAACAAAGACCUUGUUGAAAUGUCUGAACGAUAAUCCGGUUUGCACGCCGAAUGGCAGGCGCGAGUACGUUGAGGUGUACGACUGGCGCCUUUUGGAGGACGUCACGGCGUUGGAGAAGACGCUCAAGGGGUUAAAGCCGUCCAAGGAGCAGCCGGAUCCCAAGCGGAAGUGGUGGGUUGGAUUGGCUUAG